AUGGUGAAAGAAACUACAUAUUACGACAUACUGGGAGUGAAACCUAAUUGUACUACGGAUGAACUUAAAAAAGCAUAUAGAAAAUUGGCACUCAAAUACCAUCCUGAUAAGAAUCCAAAUGAAGGAGAACGUUUUAAGCAGAUAUCUCAGGCAUAUGAAGUACUGUCUAAUCCUGAUAAACGGCGAAUUUACGAUCAAGGAGGUGAACAAGCUUUAAAAGAAGGUGGAGGUGGCAGUGGCUUCUCUUCACCUAUGGACUUGUUUGACAUGUUCUUUGGAGGUGGUUUUAGUCGACAUGGUCGCCAGGGCAGAGAACGCAAAGGAAAGGAUGUUAUACAUCAGCUUUCAGUAACAUUAGAAGAGUUAUACCGUGGUGCUGUUAGAAAACUGGCUCUACAAAAGAAUGUUAUUUGUGAAAAAUGUGAAGGACGGGGUGGCAAAAAAGGUGCUGUUCAAACUUGCCCAACUUGCCGAGGCACUGGUAUGCAGGUUCAAAUUCAGCAACUUGCACCUGGUAUGAUUCAACAAAUACAGACAGUAUGUUCUGAAUGCCGUGGUCAGAGGGAAAUUAUUAAUCCUAAGGACCGCUGCAAAGUCUGCCAGGGACGAAAGACUGUUCGGGAUCGCAAAAUUCUUGAAGUUCAUGUGGACAAGGGUAUGACUGAUGGACAGAAGAUUGUGUUCAGUGGAGAGGGUGAUCAAGAACCUGACUUGGAACCAGGAGAUCUUAUUAUUGUUUUAGAUGAAAAAGAACAUGAGGUCUUCAAACGUUCUGGUAAUGACCUCAUUAUCCGUUUAAAUAUAGAACUGGUUGAAUCACUGUGUGGUUUCCAGAAAGUAAUCAGAACCCUAGAUGAUAGAGAUAUUGUGAUAACUGUUUUACCUGGUGAGGUCACUAAGCAUGGAGAAGUGAAAUGUGUGCAGAAUGAAGGUAUGCCUAUGUACAAAAAUCCAUUUGAAAAGGGACAGCUUAUUAUUCAGUUCUUAGUUAAUUUCCCUGAACGCAUUCCACCUGAAGUCAUUCCUGCAUUGGAGAACUGCUUGCCGCCUAGACCGAGGGUUGAUAUACCUGAAUUGGCUGAAGAGUGCCAGUUAAUGGACUUGGAUCCCGAACGAGAAAGUCGUAGACGGCGAGCUCACCACGCCAGUGCUUACGAUGAGGAUGACGAGCAACCUGGCAUGAAUAGAGUGCAGUGUGCCACUAGCUAA